UUUCAAACGAAUCAAGCUUGCGUCGGAUACGUUUUGAGUUUGGGAACAUCAAUAGUUGCCUCCCAAUACCCCCUAGCACCACCACCGCCACCACCAUCCCCACCGCCGUCGUCACUUCCCACGUCAUCAGGCAGCGCCUUUCGCUGCUUCUGCUGGCGCAUCCGCUCGGUCCUUACGGCGUCGUGAGGACCUUAACUCAGCGCGUUCCGCUCAAACGCGCUGACCUCACACGAUCGCUCUCCACUCGCGAUUCGUCGAUCCACCUGAGGCGUGAAUCUUCGAAGCGAUCAUGGCGGGAGGUCACGGCAAUGGGCACGGGAUCACCCACGGCGGCCUGACGCUGCACCCGGCAGCGCGCUGGCAUAAGGUCGUCGGCACCGGCAUGUGCGCGAUGAUGUGGUUCUGGAUUCUCUAUCGUGCCAAGGAGGACGGCCCAGUAGUGCUCGGCUGGCGCCACCCAUGGGAGGGGCAUGGUCAUGGGCACGGGCAUGGGCAUGCUGAGGCACAUGGGGAGCAGCAUGCUCCAGCGGCAGCAACUACUUCUAGCACUGCCAGCCAUUGACGCAUGACCUAGGGAGGGACAAUCACUCCAGAUUCCAGAAGUCAAGUGAUGUUGGUGUAAUCAAACUCUUGAUUAGCUAGUACCAUGAUAUGUUGGUAUUCCCUCUUCCAGUUUCCUGUGCCAUGAUUCAAAGGUCAAGCAGCAGCCCUCUGUUCUUGCAAAUCUAGUCAGCCUGGAAGUACCAAUUGCCUUCCAAAGGUUAAAUGAAAACA